GCAUUUAUUAUUUGACUGCUAUUCCAACUAGGGUGAGGUGAUACUUCAUUGCAGUUUCAAUUUGCAUUUCUCUAAUAAUUAACAAUGCUGAGGAUCUUUUCAUAGCACUUAAAUUUUUGAAUGAAUUAAUAAAUGGGAUAGGACUUUAAAAUAAUUAAGCCCCAAACAAGUGUGAAAUGUUAUUUGCAUCAACACAGCCAUAGAGUCUGUAUUCCUAGAGGCUUUGGGAAAAGGAGAGAGAAUUCUUGCCGUGUAAUCCUGCCCUAUUCGGGGACACUCACAUAAAUACUGGGGUGGGGUAUGUGCAAAACUUCACCUUACCCAAGGCUACAGAUUCUGUGAAGUUACAAAAAGAAAUUUUUUAACAUAAAAGAAAUAGAAAAUCUUCUACUCACCUGCUUUUAAAAUAAAGAACAAUAAAUAGAGAAAUUUCUUUGAGAAAUAUAAAAAAGGAGGUGGCAACAAAAAAAGAAAGAGCAUGGAACUCUCCAACCAGGAAACUAAGGCUCUAGUGCCUAUUCUGACAGUAAUUUACUGCAAAGCCACAACUUCUGUCAAAUGAGAGGGGUAUACUGGAAUACCUAUAGAUUUUACUCCAGGUGAAAACACAAUAGCACCAAAUGAAAUAUAAGAGAUAAUCUAAAAUAAGUUUUGGUUUUUCUGUGUUAUGGAUAAUUAAGGGAAAGGGUGAAAUAGAGACAAGAAUAAGGCAGAGAGGCAGGAAAAAGAGGAAGACAAUGAGAUAAGGAGAAAACACAGAGAGACCAAGGCACAGACACAUACAAACUCUACCCCUGACACCCCCCCCACCAAAAAAAGAGUUGUACAAGUAGAGACAGAAAGACACAAACUAACAAAAAGACAUUCAGAUACAGAAAUAAAUAUGCAUAUUGAGACUCUGGCAGAGUAAUGCACUUAUUUUGCUUAUCUUAAAACUUUUAAACACAAAACUAUCCAAAAAUGUGUAACAUAAUGCUACAGUUUUGCAUCAAAAGGCAUAAACAGAGCCAGUUCAAGGCAUGUGGCUCGUGAGCAUAUCUAGACACAAUCAAAUUUUAAAAACUGAUUACUUAUUUCUGCCACAUUCUAAUCAUAUUUUGGGUGAAAUAUGACUUGGUAAUUUGAGAUCUCAUAUGCUUGGGUCAUUUUCAAUCAAACAAGCCAAAGAUGACCUUUCCUAAAACAGAAAUGUAUCCCAAGAAUUUUUUUAUGAAUCAAGCAAGGCUUAGCAUUAUUUUGCUUCCAGAUAAGCAACAUUUAAAUAUUUUAACUUAAUAGUUACCAAUUAUGUAAAGUGUAAAUCCCACAUUGCCAUCUGAAGUCCAUUCGGGGAUUUUCUUAUUUAUCUUCUCUGAACUGUGUGGAGAGUACUGGAUAAUGUAACUCCAGCACUCCCCUUUGAUGUCCUCCCAGAUGAGGCCCAUCUGACUUUUUGGCUUUCUGAGCUUCAAGUCUUUAUAGGAAUUUAUACACUGGGGGACUAACUGUGCUUUGUUACUAAUCAUUAUGGAGGAGAGUAGAGGGGUCUCUACUAAGUUCAGACCUGCUGAGGCAGUGUGGUGAUACCAUUCACUCCACCCAGACAACCCAGAUCAACAAGAAUGGGCAACACAUGUGUUUCUUAUGUUUGUUACCAUUUUAUUAACAAUCUGCUAGGAAAUCUGCAAAACUGUAUAAAUUCCCUAUGUGUAAAAAGAAAAAACAGUUGCUCAGGCCAAACUCUGCAGGAUAUGUAGGAAGCGUUUCUUUUUCGUGGACAUAAGAGCUGGGAAGCACAAGACUUUGCUGGGACUUGGCUGGUUUUAGCUAAGCUCUUGAAUGGUUCUGUAACUUGAGUUUGUAUGAAAUGGAAACAUAACAAUCCCUCAGUCUUUUCAGCAAACUUGAUGUUGGAAAAUAAACAGUAUAGCAGAUAUGAAAGCACUCAUGCCUCUCUGGAGGAGGGGGGUUAGAUCAAUUCCAUACAAAUGACUACAACAUUCAAUGAGAUAGCAACAAUAAUGAGCACUUGAAUUUGCAAAGUGUUUAAAAGUUUAUAGGAUGUUUAAAAUAUAUCAUUUCAUUGACUCUUUCAACAAGGUGUGAAAUAGGCCAUUUUUUUUAUUUCAUUGUACAGAUGAAGAAACUGGGGCCCAGAGAAGGGGAAUGACUUGCCCAAGAUCUAAAGGCUAGUUAACAGCAGGAAUGUCUCCUAACAGGAAGUACCAUGGUCUUUCUAGCACAUCGAUCUGUAUGUACAGCAACUGCCUAUUUCCUUUUCAUCCCUUUCCUCCUCCUCCAAAUGAAGCUUCUUUAGUGGCAAGUCUACAGUAAACAAUACAAGCUAUUUCUCACUUACAGUUCCAGUCCACUGAAUGUCAUAAAAGGCUUAAAUCUGUCUUGACAUUUCCUUUCAGCCAAUAUCUGUGAACUCUAGUCCUAGGGAACCCCUGAAUCAUCCAAGACCUAAACUGCAUUUUGAAUACCACUGUUUAGAAAUUUUGCUAUUUCUACUUAUCACCAUAGCACAUCUGAGCCAUAGAUUAGUUCCUUCGAUACUUCUUUAUCAAAUAUACUGCCUUGUAUCAACAGCUCUUAUUCACCUGUGGUAUUUCCAUGUCUUUCUCACUGUGGUAUCUAUUGUUGAAACUCUGAGUAUUCUUAAGGUGAUUUCUUUCCAAUAAAAAUCUGCUAAGCCUUUGAACUCAGAAUGAAUGUGAGAGCAGACCAGGGUAAUUUCAAAAGGCAAACAAAAGUUUGUUUUCUUUUGUUCCUAUUGCUUAGCUUCCUUUAUCAAUGCCAUUUAUGUUGUUUUCCUCAAAUUUCUAAAGAAUAAACCAAGAUAAGGGUAUUUUUUUCAACAUGUCGUCUUUGGGCCAGAAUUGUCACCACUUGGACAACCACCAAUUGUUCACCAUGCCUGCUGGGUGCCCUGGUAUGAAUAGCACCACUGAAUAUGACCACCCUGAGCCAUAGGUUCAGGGACCACCUUUCCUCUCUAAAAGUCAGAAAAAGAAGAGACCCAAAGGAAAAGGAAAUUAAAAGAUUGCCUUUUAAAGUUAAUUCUGGGUAAUACCUCACUAGGCACUAGCUACUUUGCCUUUAUCUCUAGCAUCUGAGCUAUGUACCCAGAAACUACUUGUGCUGAGUCUGGCCUCAGCUCCAAAGAGUGGAAGGAAGAAAAAAGAUGAGAAGGCAUAUGUUCUUCCCGCGGAGGCAUGAUCUGUGAUUCUAGCCCCCAGACUUAGGACUAUAAGCUAGUUCUGGGGAAGAGAACUGACAAAUUUAUUCAGCACACAUAUACUACACACAAACAUGUGUUCUAUUGGUGGGCAUGAGGAACAAUUCAGUUGCAUGAUCUUAUGUAAUCCUCACAACUCAGACAUAAACAGGAUUGUUUAACCCCAUUUUACAGACUUAAAAACUAAGCAGGAAGGGCAAUUAACCUAUGUCAAAGUCAUACGGACACCAGCAAUACUCCAAGUGGAAUCAAUUCCAAACAGAGUACUCUGGUCUCCACAGCACACAUAUACAAAAACACAGAAAGUUUAAGGAUGGAAAAUACAUUUGAGCUAUCUUAUACAGAAUGCUGUCACAUUUCUUUCCUCAUUACCUCUAAAGACUACACUGUUGGGACAAAUAAAACACCCUGAGAUUAAAGGAAGGCAAGGAUACAGACAAUCCCCUGAUAGCUCUCUCUGUCCUCUUAGAGACACAGUUCCAUCUAUAGAAUUAUCCAGCGUGUUAAGAAUUUGCACUAAUUUUCUGGUUCUGUUUAAUUUUUUAGGAUCUCAAGAGUAUACUCAAGUCAUUCAAGCAUUUCCAUCAAGCAGACAAAGAGGAAGACUAAACCCUAGUGAUUAUUCAUUGGAAGACUCAGAACAAAGUUCCUUCUAACAACUUAUGGCCAAAAUACCCAUCAAUAAUACGAGUAAGCAUAGAAAAGCUCUUCUUACAACCCUGACAUAAUGGACUUUAUCCUAAACCAUCCAGCAUCCAAUAAAACCAGUGUUAAGGGCAACAGCUCCGCAUUUAUCUACUUUGAGUCCUGUAGACCUGCAUCCCUAGCCUUGCUCCUACUACUCAUAGCCUACAGUUUGGUAUUAAUUAUAGGCUUUUUUGGAAAUCUCUCCCUCCUCAUUAUCAUCUUUAAGAAGCAGAGAGAAGCUCAGAAUGUCACCAACAUACUGAUCGCCAACCUCUCCCUCUCUGACAUCUUGGUCUGCAUCAUGUGCCUCCCUUUUACCAUCAUCUACACUCUGAUGGACCACUGGAUAUUUGGUGAAAUCAUGUGCAAACUCACCUCUUAUGUGCAAAGUGUCUCCAUCUCUGUGUCCAUAUUCUCACUUGUAUUAAUUGCUGUUGAGAGAUAUCAGCUGAUUGUGAACCCCCAGGGCUGGAAACCCAGUGCAGCUCAGGCCUACUGGGGUAUCACACUGAUUUGGCUAUUUUCCCUUCUGUUGUCUAUUCCUUUCUUCCUGUCCUACCACCUCACUGAGAAGCCCUUCCAAAACUCUCUUCCCACUGACCUCUAUGACCACCAAGCAGCCUGUGUAGAGAAAUGGGCCUCCAAAAUGAACCAGCUUCUCUUUACCACCUCCCUGUUUUUGCUCCAGUAUUGGGUUCCUCUGGGCUUCAUCCUUAUCUGCUACCUGAAGAUUGUUAUCUGCCUCCAUAGGAGAAAUGGGAAAGUAGACAAGAAGAGGGAAAGUUGGAGUCGGCUCAGGGAGAACAAGAGGGUCAACAAAAUGUUGAUUUCCAUUGUGGUGACCUUUGGGGCCUGCUGGCUGCCCUUGAACAUCUUCAAUGUCAUCUUUGACUGGUACCAUGAGGUCCUGAUGAGUUGCCAGCAUGACCUAGUAUUUGUAGUUUGCCAUUUGGUUGCUAUGGUUUCUACAUGUAUAAACCCUCUCUUUUAUGGCUUUUUCAACAAAAAUUUCCAGAAGGACCUGGUGUUGCUUAUUCACUAUUGCUGGUGCUUUGAGCCUCAGGAAAGAUAUGAAAAUACUGCCAUCUCCAGCAUGCACACAGAUGAAUCCAAGGGAUCAUUAAGAUUAUCUUAUACAUCAACAAGUAUAUAACAGUUGCUAGCACUUAAUGCUAAAGCCGUUCUUGAAUGGGAGAUGGAGAGGUAAUGGCUGGGGAUAGGGCAAGAUGCAAAAGAAGCCAGAACCAAAAUAAGAAUGACUUGAUAAUAACUAGUUUUGCUUUAGGACAAACCUACCUGUCUCAUAUAUCCACCCAAAGCGCACGCGCACACACACACCACCCUUUUCUCUUAGGAGAAUAAUUACUCACACAACCUAGCUGCCAUCAUUUGUGGCAAAGAAUGACAGUGAGCAAAAUGGUCAUCAUUAGAAAACCUACUAAUAUCAAAUGCUGGAGAAGGUGUGGGGAAAAGGUAAUCCUUCUACACUGGUGGUGGGAAUGUAACAUUGUUGGUACAACCCCUAUGUGGAAAACAGUAUGG